UACUUGUACACUGUCGUUCUGUUAUCUAUUAAGAAUAUUUUAAUGUAGAGUGCGGUAGAGUGGGUCAUUUAUCGAUCCACAUAGAACAUCAAACGGAGAAAGAAUCGAUAAGUAUGGCAAUUUUCAAGCUCCUCUUGAAACAAGUGAGAAGAAAUUUGGAAUUGGGAAUUGUUGUUUUGUUUUCGCAAUGGAAAUUAACACGAGAGUAUUGUUGUGUGGUCGCAAACACAAAAGGAGAUAUAAAGUUUGGUGAUGUUCAAGGUUUUGGUCUUGAAGGUUAUGUUGUGAUAGCCUAUGCGGUAACACAGCAGUGACUAAAAUCAUGAAGUGGAAUGCAAGGCAGAUGUAUGAAGUAAUGUCAUCCUAAUGCAAAAUGACACUGGACUUGGGUGGUGCAUCAUCGUACAAUGGCCUUGGCAGUAAGGAGGUGUUCUGUCACUGGCUGAGCCAUGUGAAGUUGUCACGUAUCAUCGUGUUAGUCUCUCUUGUGCUGAUCAUCGUUCCACUUAUUACACAUUACUACUUGUCAAAGGUUGAAAGCAAUGUGCCAAAUGGAGAUGUCCAUCGCACACGAUCCAAGCUGGAGGCUUUUGAAGACUUUAGCACUCUCAAAGCGUCUGACCUGAAACUCCGCAUAGAAGAAAUGUUGAGGAUUAAAGGAUCGGUUAGUGCAGAACUCCGAGAUCUUGAGGCCAAGAGACAGCGGUUGCAAUUAGAGGUGGUUGGAUUCACACAACGUAUUGAUGAGCUGAAGCUGGAACUAAUUCAUCAGCAAACAGAACUUGAGCGACUGAAAAUUUCAGUUGAACAGGCCCAAGUUGCUCAGAGGGAAGCCCUUCAGAGAAACACUCCUGACCUAGCUCUUCCUCGGAGACUGCUGCCAUCUUCUGCCCCAGAAAAAUUUCUCCCACAGAAACGAACAGAGAGUCAUUCUUGCCGCAUGUAUAAUUGCUUUGAUUAUUCCCGGUGUUCACUUACUUCUGGUUUCCCUGUCUUCCUUUAUGAUCCUGACCAUUACCCAGUCGUUGCACCAGGCUGGGAAAUUGAGGGUUUUGUCAAAACCACUCUGAAACAGACUCUGGGUUAUAAUCCGCAUUUCACUUCUGAUCCAAAAGUUGCAUGUAUAUAUUUAGUUUUAAUUGGUGAAGCAUUAACUGUACCAAGGAGACAGAAUACUCAGAUCAACAGCACUAAAGUACCUGCAAAAACCCUCCAAGAAAAACUUUUACACAAUCUUCCAUAUUGGGGAGGGGAUGGACGAAAUCAUGUUCUUCUCAAUUUUGCACGCAGUAGUAGUAUCCAUGACAGCAGGGAUACAUCAACUGGCGGCCGUGACAUAUUUCUUGGUGUUGAUACUGGACGAGCCAUUCUCAUUCAGUCAACAUUUAUGCGAGCCACGUUUCGUCACAGUUUUGAUGUUGUAACUCCACCCAUUUUGGGUCCUCCAGGAGGAGACAUAUGGCAAGACUGUCCAUCCAUGUUGCCUGCCCGGCGGCGAUACCUCCUUUCAUUUCAAGGGGAAUUCCGUUAUUCAUCAAAUCUAGCCACAACAAAGGAAGCUACAGUAAAGAAUCUUGUUCAAACUGUUGAUAAUGUGGACGAUGCAGAUCUGAAUGAGGACCGGGAAGAUUAUAUAGCUGAAUCAAAAAGAAAAACUGGUGUUAGUGAUGCUGAUGAUGAUGUUGACAGAUUUAUAAUGGAACACUUGCAGGGAAUGGCAUAUGGAUCAACAUCAGACCGAUUUCUCUUUCAUUUUGAGUGCUCCCUAUCAGUCAGUUUACCAAACACUGAAGAGACAUUUAAAAAGUUAAAUACAGGUGAUUGGCUGCCCAACGCAAGGAAGGUUCCAGAUUCAUGGGGGGAAUGGGCCCUAUGUGGAACAGAGUCCUCUCGAACAAAUGUUUUGAAGGAUUCAACAUUUGCACUGGUAAUGGCUCCCAAAAAUAUCAGCGUGGUAUCAACAACUGUGGUGCAGAUACGUGUGUAUGAAGCAAUUAGAGCUGGUGCAAUACCUGUUUUGCUUGGAGGAGAUCGACUCGAGAUGGCAUAUGGGGAAGUUGUAGACUGGCACAGAGCUGCUUUGUUCCUCCCAAAGGCACGAAUCACAGAGAUGCAUUUUUUCCUUCGCUCCAUUUCGGAUUCAGACCUACUAUCAUUACGACGUCAGGGUCGUCUGAUAUGGGAGCGUUAUUGCUCCUCAGUGCAGAGUGUAGUGGAUACUGUUGUGGCAGUCUUGAGGGACAGGCUUGCCAUCCCUCCUCUACCCAUACAAGAUGAACCUUCUCCCAGUGUGUUCAAUUCUACAUUCACACCUCUGAGAACUGAAGCAGUGGUAUCAGAAACAGAACCAGAAGAGAGUCUUGGCCCAAUUGAACCACCUUAUCCUUCACCAAGCUAUAAGCGCAACUAUACAGUUUUCCUAACACAGGGUCAUGAGAUGUGGAAUGAUUGGGGUGACCCAUUUCGACUCUACCCGCAGUUACCCUUUGAUGUACUUCUGCCAUCUGAUGCAAAAUUUGUUGGCUCUGGAAUGGGAUUUCGUCCAAUUGGAAGGGGUGCAGGUGGUGCUGGGAAGGAAUUUUCAGAAAAUCUUGGAGGAAACAAUCCCAGGGAGCAGUUUACCAUUGUUAUGCUUACAUAUGAACGAGAGCAGGUACUGAUUAACUCCUUGAGUAGACUGUAUGGACUGCCAUACCUGAACAAAGUUGUAGUCAUAUGGAACUCUCCCAAACCUCCUUUAGAAGACUUACGCUGGCCCGACAUUGGAGUCCCUGUGCAUGUGGUGAAAGCAAGUCGAAAUAGCUUGAACAACAGGUUUCUCCCUUAUGAUGCCAUUGAAACUGAAGCUGUGCUUUCAGUAGAUGAUGAUACACACCUGCGACAUCAUGAAAUUGUUUUUGGUUUCAGGGUUUGGCGAGAGCAGCGGGAUAGAGUAGUUGGCUUCCCAGGCAGAUUCCAUGCCUGGGACCUCAAUAAUGGAGGAUGGCUCUACAAUUCUAAUUACUCAUGUGAGCUGUCUAUGGUGUUAACAGGCGCUGCAUUCUUUCACAAGUAUUACAUGUACCUCUACUCGUACUGGCUGCCACAAGCUGUAAGAGACAAAGUGGAUGAAUACAUGAACUGUGAAGACAUUGCAAUGAACUUUCUUAUCUCACACAUCACAAGGAAGCCACCAGUCAAGGUGACUUCUCGAUGGACCUUUCGCUGUCCAGGUUGCCCAGUUUCCUUGUCUGAGGAUGAUACACAUUUUCAGGAGAGACACAAAUGUAUAAAAUUUUUUACACAGGUGUUUGGGUACACUCCACUACUCAAUACCCAGUUUAGAGCAGAUUCUAUACUCUUCAAGACCAGAAUUCCACACGACAAACAGAAGUGCUUCAAAUUCAUAUGAUGUUUUAUAUCACAUGCUAUUGAGGUCAUAUCAGUUUGAUUAUGGAAUGUGUAUUUUAAAUUUCUGCCUUCAGUGUGGAUUACAAUCACAGCUUGUAGCCAGUGUAGCAGAAUCACAGACUGAGUGUGUGAACAUACGAAGUCAACAUGUACAUAAAUUACCUCCCACUGAAGGAGGACUGUUUAUGUGUCUAGAGAUAAUUCUUUUCAUCUCUAGUUGUGGUGCCAUAUAUUGGUUUUUGAUUUCUUAGUUUUUUAAAUGAUGUUCAUUGUCAUGAACGUAAGUAGUGAAUUUUAUUUUAACAGUGGAUCAUAUUGUUUAUAUUUUGUGUGUUCUUUUGUUUAAUUUCAGAGGUUGAAAAAUCUGAGUGAAGUAUGUUCUAAGUAGUGCAGCAAAGCAAAUUAUCUGAGCUGGGAUAACACUGUAGGGCUGUUACAUAUUGAACAAGACUAUACAUAUGUACUUGUGGAUAAGUCACCUUCCAUUCAUUUGCACUUCCUCAUGCUUUUAGUCAAAAUGAAUGCAUCAGUCAUCAGAUUCUUGAGACUAUGAAAGUUGUGGUGCAUGACCUGUAGCCCAUAAUUGUGCUAGUGUGUGCACAUAUAACUUGUCUGCGGGGGUUCCUCAAGGUUCCAUUCUUGUCCCAGUAUUAUACAGUCUAUAUAUAAAAAUUAUGCCCCUGCUACACCUGGAACUCAUCUUGCUCUGUUUACAGAUGUUACCUAUAUUUACGGGACAGAGUAACAUGAAUGUUGUGUUCUCUGCAAACUGCAAUGUGGACUCACUGCGGUAAAUUAGUGGUGUGAAUGCUGGAACAUAAAGAUCAAUGAAGUGAUAAGUCAGGUGAUCUAUAUCUUCAGAAGACAACUAAGCAGAUGAGAUGUUCCCUGUGUAAAUAGUAUACCAUAUUUUAGUGUAACUUUCAGCCGGAUGACAUGGAGACACCAUAUCAAAAGGACUAGCCAAAGCCUUGCACACAUACAUAAGGACCUAUUCUCCAUUUAAAAGUGGGUGUUUAAGUACAAAUAUUAAGCUUAUGCUUUACAAAGCUCUGAUUUUAGUCAGUUAUGACUUAUGCCUGUCCACCUGGGAGUAUGCAGCAGAUGCUUACCUCUUGAAACGGCAGCCCCUGCAGAACAGAACACUCUGCGCUACUGGAAAUCUUGACUGGUGCACACCAGUUCGAGAAUUACGUGUGGCUUUCAGAAUUCCUUAUGUGUGUGACUGUAUAUCUAGAUUAUGCAGGUAACAGGCAGAAUUAAUCCUAAACCAUGUAAAGCGAAGUGUACGUGGUACUGGACAAGGAGAAGCCAGUCAUAGGAAAUAUAAGAGGCCUAAACUUGGCGGCGGUCAGAUGGCUGUUCAGCAGACUAACUACAAUUUCAGAGUAGUUAUGUAAGUUAAGGCAUAGUCUGCUGCAUAAGCCUUCGUUGACAGGAAACCUCUGUAUGCUUUGUAUAAAUGUUACCUAGUGUAGUGCAGUGACAAAGAAUGCACAGUGACCUGGAUGCUAUGACAUUAUGGAUAUACUUGUGCUGAAACUACAGUGCAGCAGACAUAGUGCCUACAUAGAAAGACCUACCUUUCCUUCAUUGAAGAGGAAGCCCCAUUUCAAAACACGUACGUGUCUAGGAGAGAAUAAAAAUCUUGGUCAUAGAUCUCGAGGAGACUGAAGCUAGGAGUAACUGUGCUUGUGAAGGCCAGCAGCAAUUUAACUGACCCACCGAGGCAGAGUGUUCCGAAGGCUCCUACAGCCAACAGUAAAAUAUGGUCAUGAGUCCCGUGGGAUUCAGAACAAAUAAUCACUGUGUUGGUGAGGGCCAGGAGCAACUUAGCAGUCAGAAGUAGAGUGGUCUAAAGUCUCCCAGAGCUGUCAGACAGCAAUACAUGGUCAUGAGUCCCAUGAGACUCAGAACCAAGAAUCAGUGUGCUGGCAAGGGCCAGCAGUAGUUUAGCAGUCUGUCAGUGAGUUAGUUGUGAGAUGGUAGCCAGCCAGCAAUGACAUGAGCACAAGACCAGAAGAAUCUCCAUUUUUGGGAACUAUAACUAAGCAAUGGCUAAUGAAGACUAUAACAGAUGAAGACAGAGUAUGCUAUAGCGAUUUGUUAAGCGUGUAGAUUAGUGGUAGUGCUGUAAUUAUUUGUAGUUAUGACCCUUCAGUAAAUCCAUUUACCAACCCAAACCCCAUGUCUGGUCACUAACAUGUGACAAUGUAAUGAAGUCUGCUUACAAUGAAAUCUCAACUGACCCAAUCACAUGUCUGACAAGUUAUAUUUAAUUCAGUACUUCUGUGGCUAAUCUGGUAAUGUAUGUAGCAGCAUUGCAACCUUUAACAGGAUAAUGCAUGCUGUCCAGGCAAUAUAGAGAUCACGAGUGUAGCAUAUUGUCAGUACACUGUCAUGUUACAGACAGGUCUUUGUAAUAGUGUCAUCAGUCUAGUCAUUGCUUUUACACAAGGAAAUGGAAGUACAUAAUUUAUUGCAGAAACAUUAUCCCUGAUAUACAAACUGAAGCUCUCAAAGUGUCUGUAACUUCAGCAAUUUCACCUGCACUCUUAUAUUUUUCUUGAACCUUCUUUUCCAUUUAAUGAAGAUAAAUACUUCAGAGUAAUCCAUAAUUUGCUUUAUAAAACAAGCAUUAGUCAUUCUCUAGCAAUACACACUGUAUAUCAAAAGAGUGACAGAAAACUAAAACUGUUAACAUUGUUUAGGAACAUGGUAGAAUGUGUGAGAUGUUAUUGCAACAACUUUAACAAAUAGAACAGUGAUGGUAAUGAUGUAUUUAUAUAUUUAUUUAUUUAUCUAUUUAUGAAGAGUACUAUCUUCUGGGAUGUGAUUCCAUGUAAUCUGAUAGAAGUUCGUUGAAAUUACAGAGAAAUAUACUGCCUCCAUUUCCAGGGCAAAGAGUAAGUCUAAUAAGCAAGCUGUUCAUUUCCACUCUACAUUCUUGGUAUUGGAGAAAUCUUAUAAUAAAUGCAGGUUUCUGUGUAAUUCUGGUUCUGUUUUAAGUAGUGGUUACUGUAGUUUUGUUUUAUUUAUGUAAUGAGGGAUCACAGGGUGUUCAUCUUAAGUAUAUUGAGCACUGCCAUUAAUCACAGUAGACAUUCCUACAAAUGUGAGGUAGGCACAGUGACUGUUCAUUAUGUAUUGGGAUUGUCUGUAAGGAAGUGCACCUGAAUGGAUGAUGAAUUAUUUACAGUCUGUUCAGUACCUGGCACAUGAAUUUAAAUAUAACCACAAGAAAGGGUAAAAAAAAUAAGGGCAGAACAAGAAUAAGGUACUUUUGGUUAAUGUCAAAGACCAAUAUGCUACAAUAUCGUUUUACUUUUUAGCAUAAUUGCUUCAUCUUAUGCACUUAUUAUACUGAUAGGUAAGAUUUGGCACAUUUUUUAAUGGACAUUGUAGUCAAGUGACUGAACUCCUGCUUUAUAUUCACAAGGCUGUAGGAUUGAUUCGUGUUCUGGAGGCAGGCUAUUUGAGGCUUUCCUCAGCUGCUUACUAACAUGCUGGUUUUUGAUCUUCAGAUCAUUUUAUCUUCAGAUAUGCCAUGACCACUUCUUUCCAUAUCCUCCCAUUUGACUGAUCAUAAACUUAGUAGAAUGUGAUAUACAUGAGCUCUGUAGUUGAGAAGGCAUUGUUAAAUUAAUUGCAAAAUAGCCUUAAUAAAAAUGUGAGUUCUAUAUCUUGAACCAAUUGGUCUUGCAGUGGAAAUCAACCCAUGUGUGAAAACUUUGACUGGUACAGCUCUUUGAAAUCUUUAGCUUAACAAGCAUGCCAGUGAAAUAAUGAGAACAGAACCUUUAUGUAGGAUUGCCACUGGUACCACAGCUUAGGGUAAUGCUGAGGCAUCCAUUAUGGUCCUGCACUCCUGGAAUGCACAUGAUUUGGAUAAGUAACUUUGUGGUACAUUAGAGUUGCCAAAUGUGUUCUUUGCAACUUUGCAUUCCUUAUUGGUCUGCAUAUUCCAGUAAGGCGGUGCCAACAUUGAAUUAACAAUAUUAAUAACAGCAACAGUUGGUCUGUACAUUUUGCUGAUUUCUUUUAACACUGGUAUUACAACAGUAUUGUUUCAUUUCUUUUAUUAUUUUUAAAUGUGCUAUGUAUGAGUUUUCUUGUGAGUUAGUAGGCUGUCGUGGGUUGGCUUAGGAAUGUAACCACCAUUUAUAAGAUUAUAUCUGUGGGAAAUCGAGUUCCACACAAAGUUUUGAAAUGUAACUUGGGUAUGUCGUGUAUCUUCAGAAAAUAUGCAACUUUGUUAAGGUAAUCUUUGUAACAAAUCUUGGUGCCAAUAUAAAAUCUAUGUUUAGACUCCAGUUUAAUCGUGAUUAAUGAACCUUGUCAAAGUUCAUUUCAAUAUGAAAAAAAGAGGAAAAAUGGGAGUCUAUCAUUAUUUGUCUGUUAGUGCUAUCACUCACCAAGUAUUGAUUUAUUGAGCACUUAAGAGUGUCAUUUUAAAUGUCUAUGAAUGUCUGAUCAUUGGAGGUGUUUUUAAAUAUAAAUUAAUUUAUUCUGUAAAAUUACCUCUAUGUAACGUAAUUUUCCCUGUACCAUUAUGUCAACAAUCAUAUUUCAGCCUCUAGGUGGCUUUUAAUGUAUGUAAAUACAAAUACUAUAUGGUAUUUGGUUUGUUGUAAAGAUUGUGUAUGCAAGACUCUCUUCAGCAUUCCAAAAUUACCUUGUAAUUAAUUUUUAAAAAUGUAAUUUAUAACAGAAUAAAUGAUUUGAAGUUUA